AUGCUUCCGGUGCUGCUUGUGUUGCAGGCAACUACGCUCCCUGCUGGACGGACGCUCCUCGCACCUACCAGGUGCUUGGCAAAUGGCCAGAAACUCUGUGGAAGCAGCGCAAACUUAGCUCCGAGAAGUACGAGGAGUACCUUUUCCUCACACGUGACGGGGUUCUGGCGCGGAAGCGAAACGGAUGCUGUGAGGGACCAUGAGGCCGCCCUUGCUGAUGCCGCCCUCAUCGAGGCCACGACGAGAAGGCUAAGGUCGAACCCCCCAGUGUACCAGCCUUUCCCACAGGUGCCCGCUGCUCAGGCAUGGCUCGCGUACCCGGUGCUCAUCGUGCAAGGGCCAUCCCAGACAGGGAAAACGGAGUGGGUGAAGUCCUUGUUCAAGGAGCCGCUGGAGCUUAAAGUGGGUUGUCUGGACGUGUUCCCGGAGGGAAUGCGUGCCUUUGACCGGAAGAGGCACGUCGUGUUGCUGCGGGAUGUUCAAGGCAGCACGUGGGAGGCCAUACGUUCCCAGGUGCGCAACCUGCGCGGGGAGCAUCCCAGCAUCUCGCUCCUGAAGCGUGUCUACAAGGACUUCGACGAGGCAAAGGGUCAAAGGCAGUACAACUACAAGAACUGUGGUCGCCGACCCGUGAAAGCCACCAAAGCUGUGCAGAAGUUUCUUGUGCAGCGACUGCUUGCCCUGCGGCUCCAAUGUGUGUGCACCUCCAGCACCUUGCAGCGUGAGCUGCUUGCCAAGAAGGGUGUACAGCUGGACGAGUCUGCCAUCCGAAAGGCCUUGCGACGGCAAGGGUGUUACUGGCUUCCAAAAGCUCAGAAGCGGAAGUACAGUGCAGAGCGCCGGCAGGAGCGGCUCCGAUUUGCACAGGGGGUGGUGCAGCUUGGUCGGCGUCGUCUUCGCGAGAAGCUCUCCUUCUCGAUGGACGGGGUCCUGCUGUCACUCCCUCCACGCGAUCCCAUUGACCGCCGGAACUACUGUGCUCAUGGAGAUGGCUUUAUGUGGCGACAGCGUGGCGAAGCUGGAAUGGAACGCCUUGCUGGACAGAAACCAUACCCGUCCCAGUUCCCGCAGAAUCGGGCAGUGCCGCUCUGGGGCGGGCUCUCAGAGGGGGGGGUUCCGCACAGUGGCUUUCACAAGAGCCGCAAGUUUACUGCAGCGGAGUGGUGCAGCGUGGUUCGGCGUGGCCGGCUGAAAGCGGCCAUCCAGGCGCUUCAACCCGUGAAGCCCGACGGGUCGCAUCGAUCAGGCGACGGGAAUUCCACUGUGGACGGCGGCCGCAAGUCGAUUUACCUCAUUGACGGAAGUCGACUGACAACAUCAGCUACAACGAUGGCCGCCAGCGCCGAGGCAGCAGCGCCACUGGUUACCAUGGCCUUCGGCGAACUCGGGCUUUCCGCUGGCUUGUGUGACAACGAGUCCUUUUUGCACACGGUCAGCAGUAAGCGCACCAUGGCUGCCGAAGGCAUCACGGUGUGGCCUGUUCCGGCCUCCUCGCCGGAUCUCAACCCGGUCGAGAGGUUCUGGGCAUGGUUGCGGAAACGCAUCCACCAUCUGGAUCGGGAAGACCUCCGACAGAAGCGUCCGCCCAUCGGCAUGCUCGCUUUCAAAGCGCGUGUCCGAGCGAUUCUGUCCUCGCGACGUGCCCAGAGUGUAGCUGCCCGCAUAGCGGGCGGCUUGAAGAAGACAUGCAAGGAGGUCAUUGCCAAAAAGGGCGGAAUGGCAAGAUCCUAG